AUGGAGGCUGAAGGGCAGUUAAAUUUGUCCUCACCGUGGCCAGCCACCUCCCUUUUCGCUGUCCUAUGUGCCCUGAGGUCAAAGCCUCCAGAGGCAGAAGCCCAAGAUGGAGAAGUGGUGGUUGAAGCCCUCAUGACCCAGCUGGUCUUAUCUCUUCCCAUCUCCUCCAGCUUCUUCCUUGCCAGAAGUGAUCAGAGUGCCCUCUGCAGCAGCAGCAGCAGCAAGGCUCUGGGCUGGAGCUCUGGCCCUGGGACCCCAGCAACCAACAGCUACCCAGGAGAGGCUCAACACAGUAGAAUACAGAGAAAAAUGGCAGAAGCUAAUUUCACCGUAGUGAUAGAAUUCAUUCUUCUGGGAUUUUCUGACCUUCCUAACCUCCAAGGGUUUCUCUUUGGGAUUUUCUUAAUCAUCUACACAAGUAUCCUGAUAGGAAAUGGCCUUAUCAUUGUCAUUACUAAAGUCACUGCAGCCCUCCAAACCCCCAUGUACUUUUUCCUUGGAAAUUUUUCUUUCUUGGAAAUCUGCUAUACAUCAGUGACUAUGCCAAGAAUGAUGUCAGACCUUUGGACUAAGAAGAAAAAUAUUUCUUUACUAGCUUGUGCUGUUCAACUUGGUUUCCUUCUUAGUUUGGGAGGCACAGAGAGUUUCUUCCUGGCUGUGAUGGCCUAUGACCGUUAUGUUGCUAUCUGUAAGCCACUCUAUUAUCCUCUCAUCAUGAACCCACAAAAGUGCCUUCAACUAGUUACUGGUGCAUGGAUCAGUGGAAUUCCAGUUCAGAUAGCACAAACAUGCAAUAUAUUCUCACUGUCAUUCUGUGGGUCUAAUAAACUCAAUCAUGUUUUCUGUGAUAUGCCCCCAUUACUGAAACUGGCCUGUGGGGACACCUCUUUAAAUGAGUUAUUUGUCUAUGCUGGUGCUAUGAUCUUUGUUACAAUUCCUUCAGUAUUGAUACUCUUGUCCUACAUCAAAAUCCUUAAGACUAUCCUGAAGCUACCAUCUGCCAUGGGGAGACGUAAAGCCUUUUCUACUUGUUCCUCACAUCUUAUGGUUGUAGGAUUAUUCUAUGGAUCUGCUUUUAUUACAUAUUUUAGACCCAAGUCAAGCCACUCAUCAGGAGCAGACAAAAUACUUGCUCUUUUCUAUACCAUUGUGACUCCACUCUUUAAUCCUAUAAUAUAUAGCCUAAGGAACAAGGAUGUCAUAAUGGCAAUAAAACAACUGGUACCUAAGUAA